UGAUCUGGGCACACUGUACUGACUACUGAACAGUAGUUUAGGCGCGAGAAAUUUUGUCAUACGUAACUGUGUCAUAAUAACAAUUUGUAAUUUAAAGAAUUAUAGACAUUUAUAGUAGCAGUUGUAAUAUUAUUAAAACAUCACGAACAUCAUUUUAUAAAAUAUGUAGAAGUAUAUUUCUAGUAUUAAAAGAUUCCUCGACGUUUAUUUGUUAAAGAGCACUAACCUAUCCCCGAAUGAUUUAAGCCAGCACGAUGACACUUUAAACGAUUAAAGUUCGUUUCAUGAAUUACAGUGGUUAAAAUUACCGUGUACUGUACGAAAUUAAAUUGUGUAAUGUUACUUAUAAUUCUAUAAUCAGUGUUAUCUAAUCAUUUCAUCAGUAUUUAUUAAAACUUAUGUACGACGUCAUGUUCUGUAACAUUCAAACAUGUUUCGUUCUUGAAUAGAAUAUAUUUUUAACAAAUAAUAGAACUGCGGUAUUUGCUUACAACAAUCUCACUUCCGAGUCGAAGUAUUUUUGUUACCAAAAUGGUUAAUGAGGAAAGUCAAAUUGAUACAGGUGUAAAUCUUUACUUUGUUGUGCCAAAUAAAUACAAGUCUGAAGAUGAUUGCACAGAAGAGAUGUGGCAUACAUACAAUAAAUGUUGCGAAAAUGAGUUACAACCAAUGUGGAUUACUGAAUCUAAAUGUGAUAAAAUGAAACCAGCUAAAAAUGAUGUUUUUAUAAUGGAAGAAUUUGAAGGUGAUACAUUUGAGAAAUUAAAAACGUUCAAAUGUCCGAUAGUUGGACCCAGAUGCUUGCUGCUUUGUUUUAUCAAUGGAGAACCAAUCCCAGAAGGAAAGAGUCCAGUAUAUACAACAUCUAUGAGAGGACUUUGUAUAUGUGCUUCUGGUUUCUCUCCACAAGAGAAAGAACACAUAGAAAAAUUAGUGGAGUACAUGGGUGGUAUUUUUACAAAACAGUUACGUAGUCGUGUAACUCAUCUUAUAACAGCAUCUGUGAUGUCUGCAAAGUAUGAGACUGCCAUAGAGAUGCAAAUACCAAUAGUUACAAAGAAAUGGAUUGAUACAAUUUGGGAAGUAAAUUUAAAGGAAUUUGUUAAAGCAGACGAUAGCAUGUUUGAUAAAUACAAAGCAUCUGUUUUCCUUAAUUUAAUUGUAACAUCGACGAACCUUCCAAAACGUGAAAAAGAAGAAGUCAAACGCUUAAUCAGUGAUCAUGGAGGAAUAUUUAUGGGUCCCCUAGAUGGAGCAAAAGUUAAAGUUGUGCUCGCGCCUGAAAAUAGUCCAUUAAGUGAAAAAUUGAGAUAUGCAAGACGAGCAAACAUUGCUUGUUUAACGCCAAAUUGGGUCUAUGAAAGCAUAAAAGUUGGCUAUGCUUUACCCUUCAAGAAUUUUUUGAUCAAAUCAUCAAAAGCGUGUUCCACUCCAGAACGAAUGAAUGCGACAUGCGAAACUUUUAAUUGUUCAACAAUAAGUGCUAUAACAUGUGAUCUGCAACCAGUUAAUUGCGUGGAUGAAAGUUUACUAACAACAAUCAGCAGUGCAUCUACUUUAGACCUAUUACCUAAUUCUGCCAGGUCAAGUAUAGUUUUGGAUAGGCUUUCAUUCGGUGAAGCAAAGUCGGCUGGUCCGUUUUUGGAUGGGUGUAACAUUUACCUUGCUGGAUUUGCUUCUAAUCAAAGGGAUAAGCUUAACAAAAUAUUAAACGUAGGCAGUGCAACGCGACUCGAUGAUAUAUCGGAUGCUUUAACACACGUUAUCGUAGGUGAUGAAAAUAGAGCAGCGAGCGACAUGAAACUAAUGAAAUCGAAAGGAUUAUGUCCGUAUAUAUUAACUUUGGAAUGGCUGGAGGAGAGUGUCAAAUUAAAACGACCCGCACCGGAGGAGAAUUUUUUAUUCCAACAAAAAUGUAAUGUAAUACCAACGGCUACGGAACCUCAAUCCCCGUUAAGCAAAAGAGUAAGUGUACAACAUAUCCGGCAAGUAAAAUCUAUCUACUUCAAAAUUACACAUAUUUUUCAGAAUUUACAAAUGUUGCAAAAACCGAAGAAGGUACCUAUUCCGUCUUUUGAUAUAGAUAAAAAAUUGUCAAUGCUCGAAAAAGAGAAAGACUCUGAUCUUGUACAACAAUAUCUUCAAGAUACAGUUGUUUCAGUAAAUGAUAAUACAAUACAAGAAUUUCUGAAGUCACGUACACCUGUUACAGAAGAGAAUAAUGAGAAAACUAUAAUCAAUGAUCGUGAAAGUCAAGCAAGACAAUUAAAAAAUACAUUAGUAUCUGAAACUAUACAAAGUAAACCUAAAAUAGAUGAUACCGAGAUGCCAAUCAGCCAGACUUCCACUAUAAAUGAAAAGCUGUUUGAAGGACAUACAUUCGUUGUAACUGGCUUCAGCGAGGAAGAGAGUUAUGUAGCAGGAACUAUUGUGGCAAUGGGUGGACAGGUUGUUUCAAGCACAUUCGUUGGUAUCCCAGACUAUGGUGUUGUACCUAAAUGCGGCGCAUUUUUAAAAUAUACUGUAAAUGAAAUUGUUACUGACUUAUUCAUUGAAGACUGUGUAAACCAAGAAGUAAUAGUUGAUAUUAUGUAUUACCACAGACCUUUGUCUAUUAAGAAACAUACGAAUCCAUUAUCAGGCUGUAUUAUUACAAUGAGCAUGUAUACAGGUCUAGAACGAACAUACCUUGCGACUUUAGCUACCGAAUUGGGUGCCAUGUGUCAAGAUAUUUUCGUACGUAAAACCAACAUCGAAAAGAACACGUACGGAAGCACACAUUUAGUCUGCCCAACGCCAGAAGGAAAUAAAUAUAAUGCGGCAGUGAAAUGGAAAUUACCAGCUGUUACUGCCGAGUGGUUAAAAGCUUGCGCUGCUCAUUCAAAACGGGUCGAUGAGACUCCGUAUCUUGUAGGAGAAACUAUAGCUCCGGAAAGACCCAACGAAAAUUGCAGUACAGAUACAAGUUUAUCUAAGGCCAAUACAAGUCAAAUGCAUUCCCCAAAUGAAUCAAUGGUUAGAAAUAUUAUUACUCCAAAACGACAUUUACCUCAAUUACAAAGUCAAGAUGGCAGUUCUGGUGAGACGCCGCUAAUAAAUAAAAGACUUAGCUUGCUUAUGAAUAAAACAUCAGAAUCGCCAUUUCAUGUGUCUACACCGAGUACACCCUAUGGUCAAGUAUUUAAACCAAAUCCCUCGCCAGAGACACGGAAAGGUUGGAUCAAAUGGAUUGACAAUUUUCCGGAUUUAAGGGUAGAAGAACCUCCCUUGAAACGAAGACCACCCAGCACCCCUCUUUCCGAAUUGAAAAGACAAUUGUGGCAAAAAUUGAAAAAUAUUGAUCAUAACCAGGAAGAAAAUGCAGUUGAAACACUACUUGAUACUAAUGAUCGUACACCAGCAGAAACACCUGAAGCAACGGAAAGUAAUAGCACUAAAGCAACUACAACUACUCCCAUUAAUAGAAAAUUGGAUUUCCCAGAUGAAAACAGUCCACAAAAUAAUGAAAUUAACAUGCAAAUCGCACAAUUACAUCAAGUACUCCAAAGGACAUCGAGUACACCUGAAAAUAGAUAUUCCCUUUCUGGAGAAAAUGCGAACACAUACAAUGCAGAACCUUCAGAUCCUAUACAGAAAUUUAGCGUAAAAGAUUCACAACCUAUUGAUGCUAUUGUUUGGGAAGACCCAAGUCACGCGAGACGCCUGGCAAUACACGAAGAACAAAAUAACAUGGAACAUGUUGACGAAGAAUCGCCAGAAGAAUCUGAGCCCGAGCCUCCGAAAAAACGGAAGUUCAUGCUCUCUGGCGUAAAGGACAGAAUAUUAUACGAACAAGUAAUAAAAGACCUCGGUGGUGACGUAUCCUUGGAUACUAAAUUUGAUACCAGCGCAACGCAUUUGCUUUGCCUUCGACCUGCAAGAAACGAAAAAAUGCUUGGUAGUAUAGCAUCUGGAAAAUGGGUACUGCAUUGUAUGUACCUCCGUGAUUCAGAGCAAGAAGGAAAAUUCCUCGAUGAAGAAAAAUAUGAAUGGGGAAAUCCGAAAAGCAAAGGUAUCAUACCCGAUCCAGUUGGAGAAAUUGAAGAAAUGAUCGCAGCCGCUGCUUAUAGAUGGAGGCUCAAUUUAUUAAAAGAACCACGAGGACCAUUUAAUAACAUGGUAGCUCUAUUACUAGUUUCUGAUGAGAAGUACGAUCAAUUUGAACGAUUAAUUAACGCUGGAGGCGGCAAAGUUGUUCAAGCAAGACCACCGUACGACACGAGCCCGUCAGAAAAGAAGAUCACCCAUUGCUUCGUUAAUAUCAGGCAAGUUAACCAGCCAAUCGAUUGGGCAAUGUUAGCAAACAAAGGUAUUCUUUGCUUCGUACCACAGUAUUUAAGCAACUAUCUCACCGAGACAACGCCGUCAAAUCCACGAGAAUGUGUAAUUCCAGAAUUUAAAAAGUAUUUAGCGCUUCUACCGAAGUAAGAGAGUGAUAAAU